UCAGUCUCGGUAAAUCGUCUCAGCCGACUCGUCGAACACGCUCUCGUUCGAAGCAGUUUUCGAAGCGCCGCUGCGAACGUCGUUUCCGUAAACAUCUUCUCUCUUGUGCGCGCGCGUGCGUUCAAACAAGUAUUGUUUCGGCAAGAAUAUCCCGCGCACACCGAGGAGAUUUUUCGGCGAGUUUUCUGCUCACCGAGCUCGAUAAAAGAGGGCUUCGAAACGAAGGGUUCUAGAGGGUCGGUCGGAAUCUGCUCGGACGUGCCCGAUAGACGCAGUUUCGUCUGCAAACGUUGGCCGUUCCCGUCUCUGCCCAGUGGAGAAUGUUCCUUGUAGCUCCGGUCGACAACAAUCGCUGGGCUUACACGAUGCACGGACUGGAGAAGCCUAUGGAUCACGUGUCCGCCGGCGGCCUAAUGGCGGGUUCCGUGGCUACUCUGACGAUUCUAUGGAUCUCCCUGCAGACCAUGGGGUUCCUCGGCAAUUCUCACUCGAUCGGCGCCUACAAGCUGCCGGCCUCGUUGCAGAACUACCUUGCCAGUUACACAGGUAUCCUUUCAGGUUUGCCGAUGUCGAACUACCCUUACGAGGUCGUCGUCGACACCGGUCAUUUCCAAAAACGACGUUUCCCUCACAUUGACGAUGUGGUCUUGAACAACUCAAUCAGUUUCGCGCAAAGCUUGGUCGAUCGUAUGAGCACCCUCGAAAGGAAUAUCGUGAACGCUGGCGUCGAGUUGCAGGCACACACGCCGGCGGAAAAGCAAUUCCUUGAUUCUUAUCCUUCCGAGGAUGCUUUCGAGAGAGGCCUCGAUGCCAUUGUGGCCAUGAAAGCUUCGUCCUAUCUCCUUCACCAGAGCUGUCGCAGGUUCGGUUUGGAGAAGAACGAUUGCGCCAGGUUCAUAUCCACGCUGCCUCUGCACGGCACCCAGCUGAGCUCCGCCUGUUCGACCACGCGGGUGAUGGACUGCGACUCCGAGGACAAGUAUCGAAGCAUCGACGGCAGUUGCAACAAUAUCGAGAACCCGAGCUGGGGUAGCGCGAUGACCGCGUACAACAGAAUCCUCUUCCCCCAGUACUUCGACGGAAUUCAAGAGCCGAGGCACAUGGGACAAGCGAGAAAACCGCUGCCAGGAGCCAGGAGCGUGACCGUGGCUCUAUCGGGUACCGACGAUCGUUCGGAUGUCAGUAGAACGUUGAUGGCCAUGCAAUGGGGCCAGUUCGUCGCGAAUGACAUUUCCUACACGCCGGUGCGCAAGAUGGUGUCAUCGGGAAAACCAAUUUCUUGCUGCCGAUCGGACGGGAACACCUUGUCUCCAAGACACGUUCACCCGGAUUGUGCUGCGAUCACCGUACCCGAUCAGGAUCCCGUUUACGGGAAACAUUACAUUCGGUGUAUAAACUACGUGCGAUCGUUGCCCGUGCUCCGAUCAGAGUGCACGUUCGGACCCGUGGAACAGAUGAACCAGGCCAGUCACUUCUUGGACGGCUCGAUGAUCUACGGUUCGACGGUGAGCAAGUCACGCGAACUCCGUGCCUUCGAAGGCGGUCGCUUGCGCGUUCACAGUAACAACAAUCGCGAAUUUUUACCUGUCGGCGGCUCGGAAAUCGGAUCUGUUUGCAGAGGAGGCUGUUAUGAUUCUGGUGACAAUCGUGUAAACGCGUAUCCACAACUGGCCGUGAUGCAUACCGUCUGGCACCGGGAGCACAACAGGAUCGCUGGUAAACUUGCGGCAUUGAACCCGAACUGGUCGGACGAGACGCUGUUCCAGGAGGCCAGGCGAAUAGUGAUUGCCGAGAUGCAGCAUAUCACUUACAAAGAGUGGCUGCCUAUAUUACUUGGCAAGAAGUACGCGCAAACAGUUGGCCUCGCCAUUGGAAACAAUUAUGAUCGUAACUACAACUCCGUGGACGAUCCAGCAGUCAGCAACGAGGUCGCCACCGCGGCCCUGCGGUCUCUGACCUCCUUGAUGCAAGAGAAAUUAAGCUUGACGGACAACGCGCGUCGAACUAACAGGACUCUCUCGUUGGCGGAGUAUUUCUAUAAACCGAAUGUAAUCGAGUCGGACGAGGUGUUCGACGGAUUUCUUCGUGGCAUGGUCACUCAGAGCAGCCAGAAAAUGGACAUGAACAUCAUACCGGACGUCACAAGCAAAUUGUAUGCCGGGGACCAAGAUAGCUUAGGCUUGGACGCCGUUAGCUUGGACAUUCAACGCGGUCGCGAUCAUGCUUUACCCGGCUACAAUCAUUAUCGUAAAUACUGUGGACUACCAGCUGCGAAGACCUUCGACGAUUUCUUAGAUCACAUUCCAUUGGAGAUGUUGAAGAAAUUGCGUAAAAUUUACGCAAGUCCCAACGACGUUGAUCUUAUCAUUGGCGGGAUGCUCGAAAGGCCCGUAGAGGACGGCUUGUUGGGCCCUACGUUCAGCUGCCUGAUCUUCGAACAGUUCGCGAGAACUCGCCGCACUGACAGAUACUUCUACGUUUCUGCAUUUCAACCCCAACCUUUCACUCCUGAACAAUUGGCAGAAAUACGUAAUGCAACGUUGGCGAGAAUAUUCUGCGACAAUGGGAACAACGUUACACUGAUGCAACAGAAUGUUUUCCUGAAACCACAGGCAGGGAACGAGCUAAGGUCCUGCACGGACUUCGAAGCGAUCCCGAGCGUGGACCUUUUCGCCUGGGCAGAAAGGGCGAAGGCGUAUCGUUGAACAUCCCCCUUAAUUGGCUGGUCACAUUGCCACAUCGGUUUGCCCGUGUUGCACGACGGGCGUGAUGGAGGCUGCGGUUUGACGAUCGGAUACCGAUAGUUGAAGAACGUCGACAAUUGGGAUGCCGGCUUCGUCGCGCAAAUCAGAGACAAAAGAGGGAGGAAGGGGGGAGGUAUUCGCUGAAGCCGCGUGUGUGCCAGCGUGGACGUCGAACGGAAACGAGGACGGGGGAAUUUUCCAAUGGAAAAACAAAAUCGAACGAUACAAAACGUGGGGGAAGGGGAAGGAGUAUGCACCGAGAUGCAGUCGAGAAAGCAAACGAUAGGGUGCAUCCACAAAGUGACUAGUCGAUUAAACGAACGCGCGCGCGCGCGCGCGAUGGGGCUGCGAAUUGUCGCGCGGAGAAAUAAUAUGUUUGCGGGAAUGACGAACAAGUGUGCAGGGGAAUACCAUACACGGAGUUCGGGGGGAAAACAGACUAUUUGUAUUAAGUGGGCUUUUUAUUUUAGAGUAGUUUAGAAAAACACAGCGAGAGGAGGAAACCGAAAUCUGAAGAUAUCGUAGAUGUUGUUGCUGUCCUCCGAUUUUCAUACGCUUUAAAAAUCACGUACACGUACAUGUAGACGCGUCGCGGAUCGCGUCGCUCGAUGAUGGACCUCUCUGUUUGUCGGUCCACUCGAACCCUUCAUUCUUCGUCGAGAAUCAAAUAAAAACGAGUCUUUGGUUUUUGUA